AAUAAUAUCGAGCCCUAUAUAUACAGGCAGGCGACGCCUCUGUAAAACAAACGCGAUCUCUAUCCUCCCAUCCUUUCCCAUAUCUGCUCUCUCAUCGGCAAAUUACUUCUUCGUCGUCCCUAUUUCUGUUUCUUACUCAAAUCGUUCUCUCUCUCUCUCGGAUUGCCAGUUUUUUCGAAGACAGAGACCAGACUCACUGUAUCGAGAAAAUAAUCAGAAUUCAUAGACCGAGGCUGGGCUUAAUUGAUAUAUUAUCUCUGCUGUCUAGGAUUUCAAUCCUUGUUCUUAUAUCGAGCUCUUUUGCUUCUGAUUUGAAAUAGAGAAAGUGCAAACUUGCAAGAUAUAAUUAGAUGCAUCUGUAAGUUGUGAAAAAAAAUCCAUAUAGAAUCCUAAAAAAAAAAAAAAAAAAGGAAAAAAAAAAAAAAAGAAUAGAAAAGAAAAGGGUUUGAAAGGAAAGAGAAGGAAUUUAUGGGUAGCCUUGGUUUGAGCAACUAUGCUACUGCUCCGCGGUUUGGAAUGUCAGAUCCAAUAUUCACUGGUGAGCCUACUGAGUUUGACGUGAUUAAGACUCGCGAAUUGGAAAAGUUUCUUGCAGAUGCGGGAUUGUAUGAAAGUCAUGAAGAAGCUAUUAGGAGGGAGGAGGUGUUAGGGAGAUUGGACCAGAUAGUGAAGAUAUGGAUGAAGAACAACACUCGUACGAAAGGGUUUAAUGAGCAGCUGGUCCAAGAAGCUAAUGCAAAGAUUUUCACCUUUGGUUCCUAUCGGCUGGGUGUACAUGGUCCCGGUGCGGAUAUAGACACUUUAUGUGUUGGACCAAGACAUGCCACUCGAGAUGAAGAUUUUUUUGGUGAACUGUACAGAAUGCUGGCUGAGAUGCCUGAAAUACAAGAAUUGCAUCCAGUCCCUGAUGCUUAUGUUCCAGUAUUGCAGUUCAAAUUCAAUGAGGUGUCUAUAGAUCUUCUUUAUGCAAAUGUAGCACUUUGGGCUAUUCCUGAAGACUUGGAUAUUUCACAAGAUUCAAUACUGCAGAAUGUAGAUGAGCAGACAGUUCGUAGUCUCAAUGGAUGCAGAGUGACUGAUCAAAUUUUGCGUUUGGUCCCAAAUAUUCAGAGCUUUCGUACUACACUGAGAUGUAUGAGACUCUGGGCAAAGCGACGUGGGGUUUAUUCAAAUGUUUUGGGGUUUCUUGGUGGUAUCAAUUGGGCGUUACUUGUUGCUCGUAUAUGCCAACUUUACCCAAAUGCACUACCUAAUAUGUUGGUCUCAAGGUUCUUCAAGGUCUAUAACCUUUGGCGGUGGCCAAAUCCUGUCAUGUUAUGUCCUAUUCAGGAUGGUUCUCUGGGACUUCCUGUUUGGGAUCCCAGGAGAAAUUUCAGGGAUAGGCAGCACCUGAUGCCAAUCAUAACUCCUGCACAUCCCUGCAUGAACUCUAGUUACAAUGUGUCGACAAGCACAUUGCGUGUGAUGAUGGAAGAGUUUCAGCGAGGCAAUGAGAUUUGUGAGGAGAUGGAGAAUAAUAAGGCUGGCUGGAUGACGCUCUUUGAGCCUUUUCAGUUUUUUGAUGCAUAUAAAAAUUAUUUGCAGAUAGAUAUAGCAGCUGAGAAUGACGAUGACUUGAGGAAAUGGAAGGGUUGGAUUGAAUCUCGUCUUCGCCAGCUUACUUUGAAGAUUGAGAGGGACACAAGAAGCAUGCUUCGGUGCCACCCACACCCUGGUGAAUUUGUAGAUAAAUCCAGACCAUUGCAUUGUUGUUAUUUCAUGGGUUUACGGCGGAAUGAAGGCACUAAUGCUCAGAAAGGUGAACCAUUUGAUAUAAGGUCGACAGUGGAGGAAUUUGAGCACUCUGUGUGCAUGUACCAGUCCGGGAGUCCUGGAAUGUGGAUUCAUGUAUGUCAUGUAAGACGCAAAAACAUUCCUCAUUUUGUGUUUCCUGGUGGAGUUCGGCCUCCACAAACAAAUCCUGCGGUGAAUGGGAAGAAGAGAAAACGGGAUGAAACUAAAUCAAGUGAGCCCUUGUGUCAAGCAACAGGGACUGAUGAUGCAGGUUUGCAUGUUGAAACAAAAGCAAAAGAACACUUUGAAACUGAUACAGAUGACAUCUCAAAAAAGGCUAGAUUUCCUGAGAAUCCUUUGUCCCACGGUCAGGAAGUAGAAGGAUCUGUUAGAUGCAGCCCACCCGCUAUGCCUUCUUCAUCUUCUGCAAGUCUCUCAUCAAGCACAAUAGAAGAGAAGCUUGUAAUGGGGCAAUCCUGUGGACCGUUUUUUGGCCAUAUAAGUCCUUCAAAAGAAUUUGAUGAGCUUGAAAAUGAUACAGUACUGACUAAUCAAGUUCAAUGUUUUGGUGCGAGGACGGAAGUCUGUCCUGUGCAGUCUAUGUCGUCAGCCAAACAAGAAGUCGCUGUAGCAGCAGGAAAUGGCGUCAGUUCUUCCUCGAAGUUCUUGCAGAACGUGAGCUUGGAGGAGCUUGAGGUCUUGUUAGCUAACUCUUUUUAUCUUAGUGUGUGCUCAGUGUUGAUUUUUAUUUUCCUUCCUGUUUUUCUGUUAUUUGAUAUCUGUAAAUUUCUUGAUGGGUUUAUACUGCUUGGGUUUUUGCUCAUUGUGUGUGUGUGUGUGUGAUGUGAUGUGAUUUUGGGAGGACUCAUUAACCUCAAAUUCUGGAGUACACUAAAAGCCAUCUGGAUACGUAGAUUUGAAAUAUUAAAACUUUUUAAAAUUGUAAGAA